AAAGGACAAAACUACAGGACAUGUAAAAGACAUCUGAGCGAGAUGUGCGUCUCCCAGCACAGCCUGAUAUAUCUGCUUCCUCUUCUGUCAGCUGUAACAGCAUCCCCGAUCUUGGACUGUACAUACAAUGGCUGGGAUAUUCUGUCCUGUUCAUGGAAUGGAAACAAUACCACCCCCUGCUUCAUACAGGCCAGUGUCAAUAAGAGACGACCAUUAUUUGGUGUUUGUGCUUUGCCCUUUGGGGUUAUAGAACGUAAUUGUGCCUUACAACUAAACAAUUCCGCUAAGAACCUUCAUGCUCUGACCUUUUCUGAUGAGGUAAAGCUAAACGUCACCUGUGAAAAGGAUACAAAUGAAACGGUGUUGUUAUCUAAGUUCUCCCCUUACAAACAUUUGAAGUUGGAUCCUCCUGUCUUGCUGGAUAUCAUGGAGAACACAGAUGGAGUUUGGAACAUCAGCUGGAAAAGUCACAAUAAUAACUACCAUUUAACAGAGAAAAGGGAGUUUGAGGUUCAGUACAAGGUCUCAGAUGUUAGUUGGGAGAUUUCCAAGAAUGUAUUUGACAGACAUAAUGAAUUAUCUGUUCCCCUGAUUAACCUACUUCCCGACACAUUGUACCAAGCCAGGGUUCGAGUGAAAACCAAAACCCAGGGAAGCCAGUGGAGUGAUUGGAGCAUAAACAAAACAUGGAGAACGCAACCAAUAGCUACAGUUGUGUCGGCUUCACACCUUGUCACUCACAUCUUGGCACCAUGUUUAGCGACUCUCAUCUUUAUCAUAAUGGUCACAUUCCUCAUACGUUCCUCCGACAGGUUUAAGAAGAUUUUCUGGGUCAGCGUUCCAAACCCCUCAACUUUUUUCGAGAAUUGGUCACCCUCUCCAUUUUCAAUUUCCUCCUUCUCUAUUGAUGUUGCCUCCCAAGACUUGUCCAAAGUGGAUAUUUGCUGGGAUAAAGAGGAACAACCAACAAAAUAUCCCCCUUCUUCUUUUCAAGAGAAUCCCACUGAAGGCAGCGGGCGUUCCUUCUGUAGUUUUCAUAAUCAAGGAUACUUCUUUUUCCAGUUUCCAGCUCCAAGAGAUACUGAUGAUUCUCCUCCCAUGUACUUUGCCUAUGAGGAUCUGGACCAGAGAGGUUUCUCAGGCAUCCAGCAGGUUAUGUCUCUUCCUUCUUCCCCUGUUGGAGAUGAACUUCCUCUUUGUCAGGCAGACUAUCUCAUUCUCCCUCCUUCAGCUGGCAUCAAAAAUAAAUCUUUUGUAGGAGAUCUUCGACCUCACGUCAUGCAGGCUCCUUCAUCUGUCCAGGAAGAUUUGAGGGAACAAAAACAAGAUGAAAGUCUACCUGAGGCUCCCCUUCUUCCAACAGUUGAGGAUAUAUAUGCAUAUGAAAAUCAGAAAGAAGAGAAUUGUGAAGAUCAGAUUGAAGAAGAACCUGAUGAUCCCAUGCUUUCAAAGAUACAGCAGCAAAGAAGAGACACUUCUCCUGACCGUGAUGAUACAGGAGCAUAUGUCUCCAUAAAAGACCUGCAAAACAUGCAUUAUUGCCUGGUUAUGACUGGGGAGCACAGAAAGUGAAGAUAUCAACUAAUACGACAUUUUGUAACUCAACAUACAAGCUGCUUUUUUUGGGACAUUAGUCUGAAGAUGAAGAAAGUCAUCCUUUCAAUUCAACGCUUUUGAUUAAAUUUUCUUCAAGAGCAAGUUUGUUCUUCAUAAAAUGGACCAUAAGUCUGAAUACUACUAAUUGCAGCUUUAAAGAAAGAUUAAUUUAACCCUUUGCAUAAGGAAGUAGAGUCUAAAACAACUUUACCAACUGAUCCAUACCAUAUUUAUGGUGGUCAGUUGGAGCAGAUUUGUCCAUUCUUUGAAUAUUCAAGGAUGUUUUAUUUCUUAAGACUUGACUCCAAAUUACUAAGGAAGGGAGGUACUAGAUACCAGAAGAAGAGAUUACUACAGACUACACAGGAACACAACCCCUAAAAUUUUACACUGUACGUUUGGUAGACUUGACUUUUAAGUACAGCCGAUCAAAAACGUACUAAAUAGAAAUACGUUUGAGGACAAUAGUGAACGCCUACAUUAUUGGUGACAUCACUGGGCACAUGUAGAUUGAAAAAGUAAUGUAGCCCUUAAUUGCACUAUGUCUAGGGGUUCUGAUAGUGUAUAUCCAGCCCUGAUUAAAGGACACCAGUGAAAAAAAAAGGUUUAUAUACUGUAUAUUGCUGUUAAAUAAGCCUGCAGAGCAUUACUCAUGAAGCUGAUAGAACUAGUAGGGUGGUAGAGGGUAAGGUCAUUAGGGUCAAUCUUCUUUACAUGUAUAAAAUACUCAUCACAAACACCUACAGACAUAUCUAAAAGGGUAAGAAGAUACUAGGUUCAAGCUACUAAUAUUUUACUUAUAUUACUGAUCAACAUACAGUCUAUAGAGGUGGAAAUAUUCUUAUGUUUCUUUAAUUAUGUGAAUGCACAUCUAAUAAAGGGACAAUAAAGUCAAAAUUAAACUUACAUGAUUCUGAUUGAACAUUUUAAUUUACAACAACUCUCCAAUUUACUUCUAUUUUCAAAUGUGCCUUGUUCCCUUGGUAUCCUUUGUUGAAAAGCAUUCCUAGGCAGGCUCAGGAGCAGCAAUGUACUACUGGGAGCCAGCUUAACACAUCUGGUGAGCCAAUGAUAAGAAGCAUUUAUUUGCAGCCACCAAUCAGCUGCUCCUGAGCCUACUUAAGUAUGCUUUUAAACAAAGGACACCAAGAGCAAAUUAGAGAAUAUAAGUACAUUGGAAAGUUGUUUAAAAUUGUAUAUUCUGUCUCAAUCAUGAAAGAUUACUUCUAACAUUAUUGUUCCUUUAAGAUUAGUCUAUUAGUAGAUAGGAGAAUAAGCACACUUUCAUGAUUCAUAAAGAGCAGUGAGAGCCCACAAUUUUAAAAACUAUCCUGUAUACAUCUAUAAUCAAACUGAUCUAUUUUUCUUGGUCUCCUUUGUAUAAGGUUAGCUGCUUUUCAUGAAAGCAUACUGAAGUAGGCUUAUGUGUGUACUUGCGUUCUGAUCACUAAAUGUAUAAGAUUGUUACAAACAUUUUUGUAAACACUCUUGCCAUAUUGUGCAUGCUCUUUAGCAUACCUCAGUAUGCUCUCAUAGAAAGAUGCUAAGCUUUAAUAACAUAGACAAAGAGAUAUCCUGUAAGGAGCUCAUCCUCUUCUUCGAAUGGACAUAUCUAGCUCUCCAGAUAUGACUUCCCAGAGAGAUGAGACCUUCCUCCCAUAGGAAGUAAUGAGGUUCUCUGGGAUAAAGAAUCUCACAGGGGAGAUUGAUGUUAGCAGGGGAGCAUCUGGAACUGAUAAAAAGUCUCAGAAUAAAUACAAAGUGCAAUACAAUUUGUAAAAGACACAGGAUUAUGCAAAGUAUCAUCCCAAUUUGUAAAAGUUACACAGAAAUAUGCAAAGUAUCAUCCCAAUUUGUAAACGUUACACAGGAAUAUAUGCAAAGUAUCAUCCCAAUUUGUAAAUGUUACACAGAAACUUUAAAAGUAUAAUCAGAAUUUGUAAAAUCACAAUCCUAAAUACACUGCUGUAUACAGAAUCUAAUUGCAUUAAACACAAAAUAAAAAGUGCAAAUUUUAAAUGUAAUAAAACUUAAA